AUGUCAUUGUAUAUCAACGAGAGCACCGGUGUGGACGACAUUUCCGUGACCGGAAGCCAAGACCAGCCUUUCAAAACACCAGCAUAUGCCCUAUUUUCUGCUCGUGAAGAUGAUGAAGAACCUAAGCUGUUUGUGUUCAAAAAAGACGAAGAAAAGGGUGACUGCUUUGUCGAAAUCUCUGCUAGUGCUUUGAAGAAAGCUCGCAAAGGGUCUGAUGGUCUGAAGAAGAAACUUGCUAAACAGCUUGAACUCGAAAAGAAGAAGCAAGAGAAAGACGAGAAUGAAGCCGCUAAAAAGCUUGAAGCUUUGAACAUUAAGAUUGAAGAAGACAAGUCUCUCCCUGAGGCCAUUAAAUGCAAGAUUCAAAAGAGUUACGAUGCUGUCGACCAAAGAGUAAAAGUCUCAGGUUGGAUCCACAGAUUACGGUCUAGUAAAAGCCUUGUAUUUAUUGUACUGAGGGAUGGUACUGGGUUCCUGCAAGCAGUUCUUACUGGCGACUUGGCUCGUGCCUACCAAACUACAGCUUUAACGCUAGAAUCCACUGUCACUUUAUAUGGUAAAGUUUGCAAGCUGCCUGAGGGCAAAAAUGCCCCUGGCGGAGUUGAGUUACUGGUGGACUACUACGAGGUGGUCUCAUUAGCUCCCUCCGGCGAGGAUGCCUUCACUAACAAAAUCGCUGAAGGUGCUGAUCCCUCGUUGCUUUUGGAUCAGCGUCAUUUAGCUCUGAGAGGUGAAACUUUGUCUGGUGUGAUGAAGGUCCGUGCAGCCCUGCUUCGUGCAGUUCGCCGCUUCUACUAUGAAGAAGGACUUACUGAAGUGAACACUCCUUGCAUGGUUCAAACUCAAGUCGAAGGUGGUUCUACUUUAUUCAACUUGGGGUACUACGGUGAAGAAGCUUACUUGACCCAGUCGUCUCAGCUUUACUUAGAGACUUGCUUGGCCAGUUUGGGUGAUGUUUACUGUAUCCAAGAGUCGUUCAGGGCCGAAAAGUCGCACACCAGAAGACAUCUUUCGGAGUACACACACAUUGAGGCAGAGCUCUGCUUUUUGACCUUUGACGAUCUGCUAGUCCACAUUGAGAAAUUGAUCACAACAGCAGUCCGUUAUGUCUUGGAGGACCCAGUUGCAGGCCCAUUAGUUGAGCAGUUGAACCCUGGUUUCAAAGCCCCAACCAUGCCCUUCAUGAGACUGGACUACAGAGAUGCUAUCAAGUGGCUUAACGAGCAUGGUAUCAAAAAUGAGGAAGGUGAGGACUUCAAGUUCGGGGACGACAUUGCUGAAGCUGCCGAAAGAAAAAUGACAGACACAAUUGGCGUUCCUAUCUUUUUGAUAAGAUUCCCAGUUGAGAUCAAAUCUUUCUACAUGAAGCGCUGUGCCGAUGAUGCCAAUGUCACCGAGUCCGUAGAUGUUUUGAUGCCUAACGUUGGAGAGAUCACCGGUGGCUCGAUGAGAAUUGAUGCUAUGGAUGAACUGAUGGCAGGUUUCAAGCGUGAAGGAAUUGCCACCGAUCCUUACUAUUGGUUUAUUGACCAAAGAAAGUACGGUAGCUGCCCUCAUGGUGGUUACGGUAUCGGCACGGAGCGUAUCCUUGCUUGGUUGUGUGACAGGUUUACCGUCAGAGACUGUUCGCUGUAUCCUCGCUUCACAGGUAGAUGUAAACCAUAG